GCAGGCACAGGGUGCAUAUACGCCGGCCGUCUCGUGGGGUUCUCGGCUGCGCAGCCGCGGAGCCGUGGCGCGCAGGUGUUCACGUACCGGGAGCUGGAGCGCGCCACGGACGGGUUCAGCGAGUGCAACGUGGUGGGGCGGGGCGCCUCCGGCGCGGUCUUCCGCGGCCGGCUCGCCGACGGCACCACCGCCGCCAUCAAGCGGCUAAGGCUUGACCACCGGCGGCAGGGCGAGCGCGAGUUCCGCAUCGAGGUGGACCUGCUGAGCCGGAUGGACUCGCCGUACCUGGUGGGGCUGCUGGGCUACUGCGCCGACCAGAGCCACCGGCUGCUGGUGUUCGAGUACAUGCCCAACGGCAGCCUCAAGAGCCACCUCCACCCGCCCCGGCCGCCGCCGCCGCCGCUGGACUGGCAGACGCGGCUGGGCAUCGCGCUGGACUGCGCGCGCGCGCUCGAGUUCCUGCACGAGCACAGCAGCCCCGCCGUGAUCCACCGCGACUUCAACUGCAGCAACGUCCUGCUGGACCACAACUACCGCGCCCGCGUCUCCGACUUCGGCAUGGCCAAGGUCGGCUCCAACAAGGCCGACGGGCAGGUCGUCACCCGCGUGCUCGGCACCACCGGCUACCUCGCGCCAGAGUACGCGUCGACGGGGAAGCUGACGACCAAGUCGGACGUGUACAGCUACGGGGUUGUGCUCCUGGAGCUGCUCACCGGCCGCGUACCGGUGGACACGCAGCGGCCGCCUGGAGAGCAUGUCCUGGUUUCCUGGGCACUUCCGCGACUCACGAAUCGCCAGAAACUCGUGCAGAUGGUUGACCCUGCCCUGAAAGGCCAGUUUGCCCUGAAGGAUCUGAUCCAGGUCGCCGCCAUCGCCGCGAUGUGCAUCCAGACGAAGGCGGAGUACCGGCCGCUGAUGACGGACGUGGUGCAGUCGCUGAUCCCCAUCGCCAAGACCACCCCGGCCAUGUCCUGCUCCUCCACGCCGCUCAGACCGGCCUUGCAGCACGUCAUCUUCAUGGGCCCGCAGUGCGGCGGCAACAAGAUCUCCUCCUAGCUAGCUAGCUAGUCCUGGCAAUCUGGUUUGUAAUAGAGGUAUCCACCAUGCACUGGAUCGAGUCGGCCAUCAAAUCAACCAAAGCGAAUUCACAUUCCUUGUUCCUUGAUGUAUAGUAGAGCUCCCCCUCUUCUCCGGCCAGGAUCUGCAAAUGCAUCAUUGCAGUAGUGUAGUAGUACAUCGUGAUUGGGUUCAGGCGAAAGCGUACGGCGUAUCAUCUAUUGGUAAGAACUGCUUUAAAGAUAACAUGAAAAUAGAAAUAAAUAUUUUUUUCUUUUUCUCA